AUUUGCAUAUUUUGUAGGAGCAAGUUGAAUCCAAUUGCUAAUCCGACUUUUUCUGGUGCAGGUUUCCUUGAAUCUCUUUGGAGGGACAUUGAUAUGAACAGACUCCACCAUGACCCUAAUGACGAUUUGAAUCUUGUGAUUAUAUCCCAUGGUCUAGCUAGUCGUGUCUUUCUGAUGAAGUGGUUCAAGUGGACGGUUGAGCAAUUUGAGUAUCUAAACAAUUUAGGAAAUUGUGAAUUUCGAGUUAUACAAUUAGGGCUUGGUGGAGAAUACAGCUUAGCGGUCCACCAUACUGAAGAAGAGAUGCUAGAAUGGGGACUAUCCCCUGAAAUGAUUUCAGACCAAAAAUGGCGAGCUGAUGCUAGCAGGAGUUCAUGGAACGACAAAUGCUCUUGGUACCUUGAUGCUUUCUUUGACCAUCUAGCUAAUUCAGAUGAUGAUGAUUAUGAUGAAGUGAAAUCAAACUUCUCCGACUAGUUUAGUGCUGCUUUUGGUGCACUUGUUCUGAUUCCUUACAUCAUGUAGUCUAUAUGAGUAAUUAAUUUGGUUAUUUACAGAGGUAGUCGUAACAUCCAUUUGACUUUCAUGCGGUAGUCCACUUUUGGGAGCAUAAAGCAUUUGUUUGAUUUUGUUGCAUUCAAUAUCAGUAACAUCAACUAAAGAGCUGAUUGUAAAUUUUAAUCAAUUGUCUUUAUAUCA